AUUUUUUCUUGAUCGAUGUGAAGAAAAACCACAAGAAAUCGGACAUACAAUGGGAGAGUGAAUUACACAUGAAUCAUUAAGAAAUAAAAAGGGCGAUUUAAUUGCAAAUAAAUCUGCACCACCGGCCCUGCCAUAAAAUCAAGCUUCUCGAAAUCCGUAGCCGCACCACAAGUCCACAACCCAAACAUCGAGUUUCAUAUAUCCCUAUAAAUACAAGCACUCUGUCUAUCCCGCGUGUAGAUACUCUAUAGCUCAUAGCUCACGGGUACAGCUUUUCUCUCUCCCUCUUCAGAACCCGAAUAAAGCUCACAAAGCUUGAUAAAUGGGUUCGACGGCAGUUGAAGACCUGAUUGAGGCUUCAUCAGGGGCUCAUUUCUCGGGGUUUCACUUAAAAAAUCAAAGCACUUCACAAGUUGAGCAGCCAACUACUUCUGCACCUGAAAAUGUCAAGCAACCUUUUGUCAUAGGGGUUGCUGGAGGUGCGGCAUCUGGGAAGACUACAGUUUGUGAUUUGAUAAUAGAACAGCUUCGUGAUCAGCGUGUUGUUCUCGUUAACCAGGAUUCCUUUUAUCACAGUUUGACACCGGAGGAACUUAAAAGAGUUCAUGAAUACAAUUUUGACCAUCCUGAUGCAUUCGACACAGAGCAAUUAUUGUGCAUAUUGGAGAAAUUAAAACGUGGUCAGGCAGUUGACAUCCCAAAAUAUGAUUCCAAGAGCUAUAAAAAUGACGUGUUCCCAGCUCGAAGAGUAAAUCCGUCAGAUGUUAUUAUUUUAGAAGGUAUUCUCAUCUUCCAUGAUCCGCGUGUCCGGAAUUCAAUGAAUAUGAAGAUAUUCGUCGAUACAGAUGCUGAUGUACGGUUGGCAAGGAGAAUAAGACGUGAUACAGUAGAAAAGAAUCGAGAUAUUGGUAUGGUGCUUGAUCAGUACUCAAAAUUCGUAAAGCCUGCUUUUGAUGAUUUUAUACUCCCAACCAAAAAGUAUGCUGACAUCAUCAUUCCUCGUGGUGGAGACAAUGCUGUUGCAAUCGACUUGAUCGUCCAACAUAUACGAACUAAACUUGGUCAACAUGACCUGUGUAAAAUCUAUCCUAAUUUAUAUGUUAUUCAUUCAACUUUUCAGAUACGGGGUAUGCACACACUUAUACGUGAUUCUCAAACGACAAAGCAUGAUUUUGUGUUUUAUUCUGAUCGGUUGAUCCGCUUGGUUGUUGAACAUGGUCUUGGGCAUCUGCCAUUUACAGAAAAGCAGGUGAUCACUCCAACUGGAUCUGUUUACACUGGAGUAGACUUCUGUAAGAGAUUAUGUGGUGUCUCUGUAAUCAGAAGUGGUGAAAGCAUGGAGAAUGCCUUACGAGCAUGUUGCAAAGGAAUUAAAAUUGGAAAAAUUCUUAUUCAUAGAGAAGGCGACAAUGGUCAACAGCUGAUCUAUGAAAAGUUGCCAACAGACAUCUCAGAUAGACAUGUACUAUUGUUGGAUCCGAUCCUGGGCACAGGCAAUUCAGCAGUUCAAGCUAUUUCCCUACUUAUCAAGAAGGGUGUGCCCGAGUCCAACAUCAUAUUCCUCAACCUCAUUUCUGCACCUCAAGGAGUCCAUACGGUGUGCAAAUGUUUCCCACGUGUAAAGAUAGUGACCUCUGAGAUUGAAAUUGGCUUGAACGAAGAUUACCGUGUUAUCCCUGGUAUGGGCGAAUUUGGUGACCGCUAUGCGAGAGCAUAACACCAUUAGGCGGACUCGUCAUCUCUAUCCAGCAUUUCCCAUGCAACCAGUAAGAAUAAUGAACCAAACCCAUGUUAGCUCUCACUCUAAAAUUCCCUUUUAUGUCGUAAACUACUCUGUUCCUCGACUCUUGCUUCUGAAGGUGAAGAGCAAGAUUUGGCGGCAAAUAGACCAAGCUCGACAGCAGAUGAACCGGGAUCAGCCUUACCUCACCUGGCCUCUGACUAAAGGGUCGAAUCACUUGAGUCGCUAUUAGAUUUUCCAAAAAGUACAACUCGAUAUCAAGAUACUCGAAAUUGAUCUCAAGCUUUUUGUUCGGGUUGGAAAAAUUCGCGAUAACUGUCAAGUCGUUGUUUAGAAAUUGCAAAGAGUCGAAGUAGAUGACGCUAAGGCUGGCUGCUUGGGUGUCGAAAACGGGAUUUUUGGGCUUGAUUGCUACAAACACGAUUAUAGUCGUGAUUCCAAAGAAAAUUAAGAGGAGGCUAAACACCAAGCAUAGGAUGGCGAGGAACCAUAUGAGUGGAUUUGUUUUUCUAGGUUGUCUGAGAAUAGGCUGAUGAUGAUCUCUUGCUCUGAGCUUGGUGAUGACUAGAGCAUUUUCGGAUGUUGAGUUUUGGUGAUUUGUAUUGGAUUUUUUUGAUGGGAUUAUCUGAAAAGGAGAUGGUUUUGAUUGCUCGAGUGGAGAAGGGAUGUAUGGUGGUGGUGGGGGAAGAGGAUGCAUUUUGUUUAGUUUGGGGGGGAAAAUGAUAAACCAGAAAAUGAUAAUCUUGAGUAUGAAGUAUGAAGAAUGAGAAGGUAAAUGGAUGAAAUUGUUGUUAUUUAAAUAAUGUUGGGAGUGGAUUAAGGGCAAAGCAAAAAAAGAGGAAAAACAAGAAAAAAAGGAAAAAGAGAGAAAAGAACCUUUUGAAGGUUAGUGGGAGCCAAUUAGUUCUUUAAAAGAAAAAAAGCAAAAGCAUGUGGAUCUUAGUAUGGAUGUAAGGAUUUGAAUUGUGGUCUGCUUUUUGUUGUUGAACGAAGAGAACACUACAAAAUGUAACUAGUGAGGACUUGACCUGUCGAAAAUAAUCUCAUAGUCCAUCCAUCCAUAUUUGCUACCACCUUUUUGGUGUUUUUAUUUUAAUGCUUACUCGCUAAGAAAGUACCUGAGUGGUGGAUAUUGGGGACAUUGAGAUUAAAUGGGCUUUCACUAGAAAUACCAAAAUGGGUCGGCUGGCCUGCCCCGCCAUCUUGACAACCCUAUAAUAGGGCGUCCAGCUCAACCCCACCACGUGUCGCAAGCUAGGUGGGCCUCGGAGCAUAAGCAUUAUGUCAAAAAUGGGAAAAAAAAUUAUUGAGAUCAACAUAAAUAUGACGAAAAAUUUUAGAUUUCAAAGACAAAAAAAGAAUAAAAUAGAAAAAUCUAUGGUAGAAAAAUCUAUGGUAUUCAAAAAUAGUUGGAGAGCUGAGUAUCAUGCUGCCUAGAUCGGCCUGUGUCGAGGACUAAAGUUGUUGCUCUUGCUAGGAGGAGCCGGACCAACGGGGGAACUAUACUAGAGAUGUUCAAGGUGGUGAAGAUGAACAACGAGUACAAUGCCAUCUUGGGACGAACCGCAUUAUACAACCUAAAGGCAGUCGUAUCCAUUUUCCACUAUUCGGUUAAGUUCCCCACCACGGACGAAAUGGGAGUGUACUAUGGCGAUUAGAGGGAAGCAAGAAAAUGUGCCAUGGCAAUUCCAUCGCUGGAAAUCCAUACAGUUAUGGCCGCAAGCAAGGAUCAAAGUUCCGAGGAGAAGCCGAACACCGAGUCUGAUGAGUCAACCAAACAGAGGAAGCAGAUAUCGUCCGGAUGCACAACAGCUACGAACUACCUUGUCCCGAGCAGACAAGGGCAAGCCAAAAGGAGCGGACUGGACGACCACCAGAGUUUGAAUGACCCGAUUGAAGAGGUCCAAGGAAGCCGAGACUGCUAGAAGAGACAGAGAGGAGUUGGGCGAACUACCCGAAGAAGAAGAAGAACUUUCGCUACCUGUGCGCCCAGUAGCAGCUGACGACCUCCUGCCGAAUGGAGAAUAAGCAAGGGAGAGCGCACAGGACGAGGCGAAAGUUCUGGACGACGAAGAUCGGACGGCCGACAGAUGCUGCAGACCGGGGAAAGAACCGAUGGAAGAGAAAGACGAGCUGGAUCCGAGAGAUUCAUUCAAAGGCAAGAAGGCCGACCGCGGCGAACCGAGCGAGGAUGCCGAAACUAUCUAUCUGGACGUGCCCCAUUGCACCAAGCAGUUGCGCAUAGGGAGGAAUCUCCAAGAACCCGUCCGAUCCGAACCCCGUACAGACUACAGAGGCCCCAGGUUCGGGUUACACGGAUACAGUUGGCCUUGACCGUGUGGCCCAAAGUUGUCACAAUUCUGUUGGUUCCGCGGAAUUUAUGGCGUACAAGAGACGUUUCACCUUUUUGCAUCUCUUCAGAUUUGAAUCAUUGUGCCCCUUUAACACUAAAUUCGAGACUUAUAAAUACCGAUACUCCCAUUUUGAAAAUUGACUCAUUCAAUUUGGUGAGGAGCUGUGAGAAGUGCCAGACGUUCGCCCCGAAUCUAAAGCAGCCGGCCUAACCGCUCAUGUCAAUUUUCAAUCUGUUGUUGUUCGCUAAAUGGGAAUAGAUCUGAUUGGUUCGCUACCAACAGGAAAAGAAGGAGUCAAAUACGUGGUGGUGGCAGUUGACUACUUCACUAAAUGGGCGGAAGCAGAGCCCCUGGCCACUAUCACCGAACAAAAAGAUGAUAGAUUUCUUGUGGAAAUCAAUUGUUUGCCGCUUUGGUAUACCACACUCGGUAGUGACCGAUAACGGACGACAGUUUGAGGGUAAGAGGUUCGACACGUUUUGCAAAGAACUCGGAAUCCGGCAUCACUUUUCCACCCCCUAUCAUCCGCACUCGAAACAUCAGGUGGAAACUAUUAACAAAAUCAUUAAACAAGGAUUAAAGCUACGCUUUGAAAACUCAAAAGGGUCUGGUCGGAAGAGCUAUCGAUUGUAUUGUGGUUAUAUCGGAUCACAACAAGAUCGACGACUGGAGAAACACCGUUUUUGUUAGCAUACGGUUCAGAGGCGAUGGUUCCGGUCGAAAUCGGAUAAAAAACUUACCGAGUGGAAAAUUUUGAAGAAAAGGCCAAUGUCGAGGGAAUAAGGACAAAUCUUGAUCUGAUCGAAGAGCUACAGUGUCACGCCAAACUGAAAAAUGCGACUUAUAAACGGGUGACAGAAAGGCAUUUUAACACUAGGGUCAAAUCGCGACUCUACAAGCCGGGGGAUUUCAUAUUAAAGAGAGUGAUGGGACCGGACCCGGUCCCUCUAAAACCAAAAUGGGAAGGCCCAUAUGUGGUGGACGCCGUACUCAGAAAUGGGGCCUACCGACUGAAGUAUUUAGACGACACCCCCCUGAUGUAUCCGUGGAAUGUGAUGUAUUUGGAGAAGUAUUAUCAAUAAAGCGUGUCGAUUGUUUCUACUUCAAGGCAAAAAAUGAAUAAAACCCUAUAAUGGUAACGACCGGACAACGUUGUCUGACGAAAAAUGAAUAAAACCCUAUAAGGGCAAACGACCGGACAGAGGGCCAGGUGGUCAUUAGGCGCUGGAACUCGAGUUCGCUUUUGGUGGGAGAAUUGGUUGAAUUGUUGUGAGCCCUUAAUCAACCGUGUGCGUGGAGUCAUACCCGAGGAGCAAUUGACGUGGACUGUUUCGAUAUAUGUAAAUGAACAGGGACAAUGGGAUUGGCAGAGGUUUUCGUCCGGGUUGCAGCCAUCGGACCUCCUCCGUAUCUCCGCUAUCCUGCCUACUCAAGCGGGGGCUGGCCAUGACAAGUUGUUUUGGGGCUGGUCCACUAAAGACCAGGUUACGACUUGUUCAGCUUAAACCUCCUUGACAUAAGCUCCUUGACACAAGCGGUUUGUGACGCACAACACAGGCUGUGGACGAUGAUAUGGAGAUGGGUCGGGCCACAGGGAAUUCGUUAGUUCUUAUGCCUAGUCGCGAAGGAAAGGCUCUUGACAAAUGUUGAGCGACAUAGGCGCCACCUGGCGGAUAGCCAGUUAUGCGAGCUCUGUAGAUCUCACCUUGAGACGACACUUCACGUGUUACGCAACUGUGAUUUUUCCGAACCAAUUUUGGAAGAAGUUGGUGCCUCGUUCUUGUUGGGGAGUAUUUUUUGGCAUGGAACUAGAUAAGUGGUUUGAAACAAACUUGUCUAAUCAGCUAAAUAUCCUAGAUGAGAGUUGGGAUUGCUUGUUUGGCGUCAGCCUGUGGCGUCUAUGGCAAGGGCAGAGUAACUUCAUCUUUAAUGGCAUUGCCCCUUUGGUGGACGGUAAGUUAAUUGAAGUCCAAAAUUAUGUUGGCAUUUUUCAACAAGCGCUCCAGCCUUCUGAAACUCGGGCACAGUAGAACCCAACGCUUAGAUCGCAUGAUUUGUUGGGAACCUCCGAUGGAGGGGUGGAUAAAGUGCAAUUCCGACGGAGCUUUUAACACGUCCACGGGCAUGGCGAGUGGUGGUGGCCUCCUGCGUGACCAUAAUGGUAGAUUUGUAGGUGGAUUUGGGAUUCCGCCAAGUUCUAGCUGAUGUAGAUAGCAAAGCGGUGGUUGAUAUGGUGAAUGGGCAGGCUGAUGAGGAUGGAGUCCACAGUAGCAUAGUUCGGGCUAUAAAGGAGUUGCCGAGCCAGGAAUGGAUUGUGGAAAUAAGGCAUGUUUACCGAGAAUCAAACUUCUCGGUGGAUUACUUGGCUUCACUAGCGACUACUAGUCCCGGAGGAUUACAAUGCCUCGAGUUCCCGCCAGCUGGGCUGAAGCCAUGGCUCGAGCACGACUUUGUCGGGCUAGCAUACCCACGCAGGAUAGCUUCAUCUUCCCUCUCUAAUUGCCCAUUGGACCCAUACAAAAUUCACACCAUCCAGAACCCUAACCCUUCGAGAUGCCUAACCUCCGAAGCCGUACAGCGUGCGGCCCUGCCUCUUGAGAGCGUACACCACGUCCAUCGCCGUCACCGUCUUCCGGCGGGCGUGCUCGGUGUAGGUGACGGCGUCACGGAUAACGUUCUCCAGGAAGAUCUUGAGGACGCCGCGGGUCUCCUCAUAGAUGAGACCGCUGAUACGCUUCACUCCACCGCGACGGGCCAGGCGGCGGAUAGCAGGCUUGGUGAUGCCUUGGAUGUUGUCCCUCAGAACCUUCCUGUGCCGCUUGGCUCCACCCUUUCCCAGUCCCUUGCCGCCUUUUCCCCUUCCCGACAUUUUAUUUUUCUGUUAAGAAAAUUUGUAGAAAUUCUUCAGCUGAUUUUUCGGUUCUACGAUAAGGGAAAAUGGAUGACUUUGACGGUAAUUAUAUGUGGAGGUCCUAGGGAUGAGGAUGCUCGAGGGCCGUUAGAUUCAGCACGCUAUCUACGGUUAUGGAUGGCGAUCCGCG